AUGUUUCGAAAAGAUAUCAUUUCUAGAAGUCAACAUCAACAUCGAUUAGCGACGUUUCAGUCCGCAAUGAAAUUACCAAUGGUGAUAGGACAAUGUUUUGGUCUCAAUCCCGUUCUUGGAAUUUUCGACAUCGACGCAACUAAAAUUAAAUUUAAAUUAUGCUCAGCUCGAUGCCUGUAUACGAUCUUUUCAAUAUUGGGACAAGCUGCUAUGUUAUUCUUAUCAAUAUUGAAGUAUUUGAAGGAUACUGAUACGUCCUUAUCUUCUAACACAACUCUAGCUUUCUACAGCUCAAACUUUGUAACGACGGUAUUAUUUUUGCGUAUCGCAUCAAAAUGGCCGCGCCUUAGCUUGCAAAUCUCAAUGACAGAAGCGACCAGCCCCAACAUUGACAAUUCAUUGCUCAAGAAAUGUAACAUGACAUGCAUACUUGUACUGGUGUUAGCACUUGUUGAACAUUUCCUCUCAGAUCUGUCAGGACUGGCGGCGGUGAUUGAUUGCGAGCCGGAGAAGAAUAUAUACGAGGCCUUUGUCAAGCACAGCUUCCCUUGGGUCUAUGCAUUUGUGCCUUACAAUCAUUUUAUUGGAUUUCUAACACAGGUUUUCAACAUACAAUUGACAUUUACGUGGAGUUUUGCAGAUUUAUUUAUAAUCUGCAUUAGUUUUUAUUUAACAUCAAGACUCGAACAAGUCAAUGAGAAAAUUGUUAAAGUUCGUGGAAAAAAUAUGCCGCAACAUUUCUGGCGCACAGUCCGUGAGGAUUAUAAUCGAGCUGCGUCUCUCGUGCGGCGUGUGGACGAAGCUAUUGGAGCUAUAAUUUUCAUAUCAUUCGCAAACAACCUAUUCUUUAUUUGUUUACAACUGUAUAAUACUUUAAAGGAUGGUAUAAAAGCGACACCUUUAUGUCGAGCUCAAGACAUCAGACCCCUAUACGGUUAUGAGCAAGCUACAUACUUCAUGUAUUCGUUUAUAUUUCUGGUAAUGCGUUCGUUGGCGGUAUCUCUGAUAGCGGCGGAAGUGUACUCGGCCAGUCGUAAGCCGGCGACCAGCUUGUACGACGUAUCGUACAAUUCAUACAGUGUUGAGAUUCAAAGAUUUCUGGAUCAAGUCCACGGGGAUACGGUGGCAUUGAGUGGACUUCAGUUCUUCAAUAUAAAGAAAGGCCUUGUCCUCUCAAUUGCUGGUACAAUCGUCACAUAUGAACUAGUCUUGCUCCAAUUUACGGGUGUGACGCCUACUUCAAGUCCACCAGUUGCAGAUUUCUUAUCGUAA